AUGGAUGAAUUUGAAAAUGAAUUAAGAGUCGCAUUCGAAAGCGGCGAUCUCGAAGAACCUGUGACACCGUCAUCGAAACGUCGAAAAUCCGAUAUCGUAAAGGGAUUAGAUCUAGGAAGUCCGAAGAGUAGGCGAUCAUGGAAUGAAAGUAAAAUAUUCGGAAGUCAUUUCGAUUGUGUCAUAGACGAUAAAGAAAAUUUAACGAAUCUUGUGGUCUGUAAAAAGUGCAAUUCGAUAUUCAAUUACGCAGGCACACAUAAUUUGAGAAAUCAUAUUGAAUCGAAACAUGGAAUUCAAUUACCAGCUAAAGAAAAACAAAAGAUGAUGGAGGAUGCUCUUGUUGAAUUUUGUGUUACAGAUGCUCGACCGUUCUCUUUAAUUAAUGGAAAAGGUUUUAUUAGUUUCCUAGAUGCUUAUUCUGAAUUGAUAAUUGACAGACACUUAAAAAACCAAACUACAACGUCGAGCCUCAUCUUACCUAAUGAAAAAACCAUAAGUCGAAAGGUGUUCGAGGUGCUAAAAUCUAAGCAACCAGAACUUAAUUCAAUUUUUAAUGAAAUGAGCGAAUCUGGGUUUUCUAUUUCGCUCGAUUUUUCUCAGAAGUUGGGUACUGAUUAUUGCGUCAUGGUGGCACACUACAUAACAAAAGACUGGAUUUUGAGACAUUUUGUACUUUCGUGUCUUCCAAUUCCAGGAGACAUUUCCAAAACCAGAGAAAAUAUAUCUGAUUUAGUCAACAAAAAUCUUACCUAUCUUGGGCUUGACAUGUCAAAAAUCGUUUUUAUUACUGAUGAGGGAUCCAAUGUAAAUCACCUUGGAGGAGAAAAACACCACAGAUGUAUUGCUCACAUUCUUGCAACAAUAUCACGCCAUAUAACUCAGCCUUAUGCAGGCGACCAAGCAACUGACAAUGUUAUAGCAGUAGAAUCUGCGAUUACUGAUUUACAUUCAUUUGUUUCUGAUUUGAGAGGUGUUUUACUGUUGCCAAUUGCAACACGUUGGCUUUCAAUCUUAGCUAUGGUCAGGGCCUUUUCUGCAGCAGAUAAAGAAUCAUUUAAAGAAAUUGUUAACAAAUAUUCUGGCAAUCAAUACACGGAGAGAAUGGAACGAAUUUUUUCCAAGCAAAAUUUUUUUGAAGCUUAUAUUCAAAUUGUUUCAAUGUUGGAAGCACCUUUGAAAAUACUUGAGGCCGAAAAUAAAUGUACAAUGAACAGACUAAUGAUAGAAAUGAUCAAAUUGGAAAAUGCUUGGAGAGGAGAAGCAAGAGGAGAUGAUUUGAUCAGAGCAGCGUUAGCCAAAAGUGGAUUGAAAGCCUUUAACAGGAAGAUGAGUGAAAUUUUCAUUGAAAAUACGGAAAGUAUUUCUAUCAUCAGAUGUGCUGCUUACCUUGAUCCUGCUGUUUGUGGAAUUCUUAAGAAAGUGUGUCAAACGAAUUGUCAUUGGGGUGACUAUGAAACGAUACAAAAAGCCGUUAGAAAUGUUGCAAAACAAAACUUUCCGGAAUGUUUACGCCCACACGUGGAAAACGUUUCACCAAGUCUAGUUACCUUUGGCCAAAAUGCAAUGAGGACUGAGAUAGACUUUGAGAUGGAACAGUAUGAAACUGGAUGUAAGAAUUUGGGAGGACAUAAGCUAGAUUUGCUUAAAUUUUGGAAAGAAAAUUCAAUGAAAAUUCCACACCUUUCAUCCAUUUCUAAGCAUUUUUUAGCAAUUCCUUCUUCUUCUACUUCUUGUGAACGCAUAUUUUCCCGUUUUUCUCCUUUAGUAUAUGAUUAUAAACGAAAUCGUUUUGAUCCGCAUACUAUUUCCACACUUAUUUAA